AUGGCAGUGAAGUUCAUGGAAGAUGCGCAUGUAACUACUCCCUUCUACUCUCUCUACCACACUCCAGAGGCCAGACAGGAGUAUUUUGAGAGCCCUGCCACCAGUGAAGUGGCAUUUACAGGCCUGGAGUUGCGGAGCCUACACUUGAGGGAGACCAGCAAGGAGGACCAAGUGUUCACUAUGCCCGGUGGGCAUCUGGAGGGGCCUGGCCACAUCCUCAUCCCUGCUGCUGAAGUGAGGCGGCUCCUCAGGAAAGGCCUCUCUGGAGUCACCAUGAUCCACAGCUGGUUCAGCUCAAGUGUCUUCCAGUACACCCUGGGGGCCCCUGGCCGACAGCCCCAGGCCCCUGACACCUCUGAAGAGGCAAGCAGAAUGCAGAGGUUCCUAAGCACGCAGGUGGGGUCAGCAAUCAUCUCAUCUGAGGUGUGGGAUGAAACCGGGGAGGCCAACACGGCUGUGACCUUUCACCUGCAACACUGGGCGCAGUCUCCUUUGAGGCCUCCACAUCCCCCUGCAUCGUCUGGUCUCUCUCCUUACUCAGGGGGCUCCUGGGCCACCACUGGCUGCUCCGUGACCGCUCUGUACCAGGACUCAACCGCCUGCUUCUGCAACCACAGCGCCAACUUUGCUGUCCUGUUGCAGGUGUACGACGUCCAGAGAGGCCCCGAGGGGGGGCGGUCCCUGCUGAGGACGCUCUCGUCUGUGGGCUGCGGUGCGUCCUGUGCCCUCGCCACCACCUUCUUGCCCUUCCUGGUGUCUGGGGUCCCCCAGCCAGAACGAGUCACAGUUCACAAGAUCACCUUCUCCCUGGGCUCCGCCGAGGGCUUCCUCGUGGCCAGCGGGUGGGCAAAGGCCAACAAGGUGGCGUGUGUGGCCGUCACAGCAGUGAUGCACCUCCUCUUUUUGGUCGCCUUCUCCUGGAUGUUGGCGGAAGGGCUGCCGCUGUGCAGCAAGGUGGUGGCUGUGAGCACGCGCCCGGGCCCCAGGAAGCCGCUCUGCUACGCCACAGGCUGGGGCGUGCCUGUGGCCAUCGUGGCCAUCACCCUGGCCGUGUCCCCCCAUGACUACAAGGCCACUGGGCACUGCUGGCUCAGUGUGCACACAGACGCCAUCUGGGCUUUUGUGGGGCCCGUGCUCUCAGUGCUGACCGGGAAUCUCCAGGCCAAUACCUGCAUCCUGGUCCGUGUGGUGAUUGUCACCGUGUCCAGGGCCCGCCACCGUGCCCACAUGCUGAGCCCGCAGCCCUGUGUGCAGCAGCAGAUCCCGAUCCAGAUGUGGGCCACGGUGAAGCCGGUGUUGGUCCUGCUGCCUGUCCUGGGCCUGACCUGGCUGGUCAGCAUGCUGGUGUACCUCAGCCCGGCGGUGUGGGACCAGGGCUCCUUGGGGCUGGUAGCAACCCAGGGGCCGUACAUCUUCCUGGUCUAUGCAGCCUACAACAGGGAGAUAAGGAGCGCCCUGCAGAGGACGACUGAGAAGAAGGCAGCGGAAGCUUUCACGGGACGCACGGCCCCAGGACCCCCACAGCCUUCUCGAUUGCAGAACCCGAGAGACCGGCGUAGCGUCUGUGGGAACAAGAGAGCGGCAGCGGCGCCUCUGCACUCAAGCGACAGCGCCUUUGUCUCCGCUGAAUGGGUUUCUAGAGACAUUACAUGGGAACUUUCCUCCAAGCUCUACCUGGGGACCUCUGAAAGGCCCAACCGGGGGCCCCUGAGGGACAGACGCAGCAUCUAG